UCACCGAGUGUAUGUGUAAGUCAACGCUCUUGACCCGUGAGCCCACGGGUGUCCCGUGUUCACACGAGUGGGCCACGGUGAGAUUAUAUGACAAAUUGUCACGGCCUAAUAAUAAUUAUGUUACGUAUUCUAUCACAAUUAUUGUUUUAUGAUCCAUAAAAGUACAAUAAGUUGAACACCCUUAAGCUUAAUGCUUAUUGAAAAAUUAUGUAAUUAUUUUUAGGCUUUAACCAUAACUUAAAAUUAUAGUUACAUGCUUAAUAGUUGAAUCUCAUGUGCCCCGCCCUAUUUGAAAUGAAAUAUUUUGCACUUGGGAUGACUUGUAGUAUGCAUCUGCGGGUGUAGCCCAUCCGACUUACUUUUAUGGACAGCAUGAUACAUAGACUAUAUAAUAUAUGUUUAAGUCUCAAGUAUUAACCUAAAUGUUGUUGAAAUAAAUACUCGUGCAAAAAUUUUAGAAAUGAAGGUUUUUGUUGCAUUGUUUCACAUGACAACCCAAAAAUACAACGAAUCGAACGUUAUCAAGAUAAUGAGAACCAUACAAACCUUUGUUCGAAGCAUAGCCUCUAAAAUGUUUAAGAAGCUCUCAUUAACCAAGAUGUCCUUUUUCAUUAUCUACCUAGGACCCAUUUGGGUGGUGACGGUUAUAAUUCACAAAAUUUUAGAAAAAAUCUUUACAUUGAAAGGUUCAAAUUGGGUGGUGAGAUGACAGUUAUAAAGCUACCAAAAUUGCACUUAUAACAAAAACAUAGAGGUGCAUUAAUUAUAAAGCUAGCGUUGGAGCAAUUCAUAUAUAUCAAUACAGUUGUAGUUAUUGUAAUUAUAAUUACAAAAAUGUCGAUUUCUACUGCUUCAACGGUUAACGGGUGGUGCCUCACCUCUAUCUCUUCUAGUCGUAGCCAAAAGGUCAGUUUAAGGCCUACUUGCGUUGCUACUAGCAAGAACUCUUCCUCUCCUAUCGUUCCUCCAAUAACCCUAAUUCGAAACCAACCUGUUUUUGCUGCACCGGCUCCUAUCAUCACCCCAACUUUGAGAGACGAUUUGGCAUACGAAGAGGCCGUCAAUGCCCUAAAGAGCUUCCUCAUUGAGAAUGGUGAGCUUGAAAGUGAAGCAGCAUCGAAAGUUGCGCAGAUAACAGCCGAGUUAAAAACAACUUCUGGUGGAGACAAAAUCUCUGCCGAAGCAAUUGAAAGAAUUAAACAAGGAUUUAUCAAAUUCAAGAAGGAAAAAUAUGAGUCAAACCCAGGAUUAUUCGGUGAACUAGCUAAGGGCCAAAGUCCCAAGUUUAUGGUGUUCGCAUGCUCAGACUCACGUGUAUGUCCCUCACAUGUUCUAGACUUCCAGCCUGGGGAAGCUUUCAUGUUUCGUAACAUCGCUAAUAUGGUGCCACCCUAUGACAAGGUUAAAUAUGUUGGAGUUGGAUCUGCUAUUGAGUAUGCAGUUUUGCACCUAAAGGUAUCCAACAUUCUUGUGAUUGGACACAGUGCUUGUGGUGGAAUCAAGGGUCUUAUGUCGUUCCCAGACGAUGGACCAAACUCAACUGACUUCAUUGAGGAUUGGGUCAGGAUCUGCUUGCCUGCCAAGCACAAGGUGUUAGCCGAACAUCCUAAUGCUACCUUCGAGGAACAAUGCUCCCAAUGUGAAAAGGAAGCUGUGAAUGUAUCUAUUGCAAACUUGUUGACAUACCCGUUUGUGAGAGAUGGAUUGGUAAAAGGAACUCUGGCAAUUCAAGGAGGUUACUAUGAUUUCGUUAAAGGAGCAUUUACACUUUGGACACUUGAUUUUGGUCUCACUUCUUCUCAAUCUGUAAAAGAUGUCGCAACAAUUCUCCAAUGGACGCUCUAUUAACAUACAUAGAGAUGGAUUUGCACCAGCAAAGAUAGGCAAUGCUUUUUUUGCUCCAGUCUCUCUAGCUACCUCUACGUAGACAUCUUUUUGUUUCCAAUUUUUAUCAUUUAGUGGUUACCAGCCAACUAAAAUAACGCAAGCUUUUCCGUUGCUUAUGUAAAUGACACUCCUCGUUCCUAAAAAUAAGAUAAAAUUUUAACUUUUCCAA